GAGAGAGAGACUGAGCAGAUCCAGUCAGAUCAUAUGAAGUGACGGACAGCGAUGCCAGUGGCAGCCCUGCGAGAGUACAGCGUAUCUCUGAGCAAUACGGACGCUUGAGAGAAUAACAGGGCUAAUUUCCGACAACUUCUUUGGAUACAUAACUGAACUCAGCAAAAAAAAAAAGAUUUAAUCAGCUAACAUGAGGGAGAAGUGAAUUUUGCACGCUUACAAGGGAUUCUCAGUAAUCAUUUGUCAUUUAAAUGGCAUGAAACGCGGAUGUCAAUAGAUGUUUGAAGUGCACAUGGAUGUUUCAGCUCUGCUUUUUGUGUUUACCUUGUGUGUCUGUCCAAGAUCAGCUGAGUAAGUGUUUAUCAGAUGUUGAGAUGAUGUUCUGCAUGUACACAGGACAAGUUCAGAUGUCGGAUAUGAAGUUAUAGCCUAAAUCAGCAUGGCUUUGAGUGUAUUCUUACAAACAAGUGAUUUUAACAUGUACAUUUUUUUUUCGCUCCUAAAAAAAGUAAACCAGCAGUAAGCAAUCAUGGUAGAACCUGCUGGCUUUGUGGAAGCAUGGAAAGCUCAGUUCCCUGACUCAGAUCCUCCUGAGUUGUCUUUGAACUCUGUUGGAGACAUUGAGCAGGAGCUGGAGAAAUGCCGAGACUCUAUUAGGCGUCUGGAGAUGGAAGUGAACAAGGAGCGUUUUCGAAUGAUCUACCUGCAAACGCUUCUAGCCAAGGAGCGGAGAAGUCAUGACUCUCAGCGAUGGGGUUUCAGUAGGGUCUCGCAAGGUGAGCAUAAGCCAGCGUCCACGGAUGAGCAUCAUCAGAAAGCCGAUGGAAGCAGGUGUCUCCCUGACAAGAUGAAGCACACAACCGCUGCAGAGGAGAGUCAUGAGUCUCAGCCUUGUGUUAAGGUGGUGGGAUGUGUCUUGGACAGGCAGAAAAGCAGAGAUGGAGAAGUUGACGGGAUGUCUCCAUACAAAAAUAGGAGCAUUGAAGCUCCUCUCAGGCCCAUUGCUGGACGUGGACCUGCGCACCAUGAGGCGGAUGGCGUUCCAGAGUCUCCACCAAAGGAGAAGGUCACCACGGGGUUGGGAGUUGCUGCGCUUCGGUCAAACUUUGAGCAUAUCAGAAGAGCCAAUUCUCAAACAUCUGGUGAGGGGAAAAGCGAGAGGCCUUACUAUGUCAACAUGGAGUACCAUCACGAGAAAGGUCUUGUUCGGGUCAAUGAUAGAGAUGUCUCAGAGAAGAUAAGUAGUCUGGGCAGUCAAGCUAUGCAGAUGGAACGCAAGAGGUCUUUGCAUUCUGUCCCAGGUAAUCUGUCCACUGCUUUUGGGGACAUCCGUAAACCAGAGCGUUCUCAUGAAAGAGCAAUGGAGAGCGGUUACAACUGUGAGUACGAGGAGCCCGAUCUAAACCCUGGGUUCCUUAAGGAUAGUUCUUCAAGACUUAAUGGAAGAAGAGCAACUCAGCAGAACUGGCACCAGUCAGAAUGUCAGCCCUAUACGACUGUUUAUGUGGGGGGCAUUAUGGGAGAUGGAGAGGACCUGCACUUGACCUGGCCCAGGCGGUCUUACUCACCUGGGAGUUUUGAGGAUGGAUACACGCCAGAUUGCAGUUCCAAUGAAAACCUGACGUCCAGCGAAGAAGACUUCUCCUCAGGGCAGUCCAGCCACGUGUCCCCGAGCCCCACCGCCUACAGAAUGUACCGAGAGAAGAGUCGCUCUCCAUCCCAGCACUCCCAGCAGUCUUUUGAGAGUGGCAGCCCCCCUACCCCACAGUCCCAGAAGCGUCUCAAGCAACAGCUAGUACUCUCCGACACCAAUGUUGUUGGUGUCCGCAAGAUCUGGCCUGCUGACGGAAGCUCCAACAACUUCAGCAGUUUCCAUGGAGAUCUGGGUAAGACAACAUUCUUGCAGUGUUUACUUUUCAGUCAGACUGGUAUUCGCUUGUGUUUGAUUAUCAGAAGCAUGUCAACCAUGCCAAAACAGGCCACGAAAAACUGUCUGCUCUACCUUAACUCUCACUCUCUCCUGUCGUUUUAUCUUCCCACACAGGCCAGCCAGCUCGGCGUGUACAGGGCUUUUGUGGACAACUAUAAGGUUGCCGUGGAAACGGCCGAAAAGUGUUGUCAAGCCAAUUCUCAGUUUGCAGAGAUUUCAGAGAAUCUGAAAGUCAAGAGCGCUAAAGAGGGUAAAGAUCAGAAUGCCAAGAACUCUCUGGAAUCGCUGCUGUAUAAACCAGUAGAUCGAGUCACUCGCAGUACUCUUGUCCUCCAUGACCUGUUGAAGCACACCCCAUCCAGUCAUCCAGAUCACCCUCUCCUGCAGGACGCCCUCCGCAUUUCCCAGAACUUCCUCUCCAGCAUUAAUGAGGAGAUCACGCCCCGCCGUCAGUCUAUGACAGUGAAGAAAGGAGAGAAUCGACAGCUUCUCAGAGACCAGUUUAUGGUGGAGUUAGUAGAAGGGUCACGAAAACUUCGACAUGUCUUCCUCUUUACCGAUCUGCUGCUUUGCGCCAAAUUGAAGAAACAAACCGGAGGGAAGGGGCAGCAGUAUGACUGUAAGUGGUAUAUCCCACUAGCUGACGUCACUUUUCAGACCAUUGAUGAAUCGGAGUCUUCACCGGUCCCCCAGAUACCAGAGGAAGAGAUAGAUGCUAUGAAGGUCAAGAUCUCCCAGAUCAAGAAUGAGAUGCAGAGAGAAAAGAGAGUAUGUAAAGGAGGUAAAGUCCUUGAUCGUCUCAGGAAGAAACUGUGCGAACAGGAAUCACUGCUGCUGCUCAUAUCUCCAUGCAUGGCCUUCAGAGUCAGUAACAGGAAUGGCAAGGGCUAUACAUUCCUGAUUUCAUCUGAUUACGAGCGAGAAGAAUGGAGGGAGAUCAUUCGGGAGCAGCAGAAAAAGUGUUUCAAGAGUUUUUCUUUGACUUCCCUGGAGUUGCAGAUGCUCACCAACUCCUGCGUAAAGCUACAGACAGUUCACAAUGUUCCUCUGACAAUCAAUAAAGAAUAUGAUGAAUCCACAGGGCUGUAUGGCUUUCUAAAUGUGAUUGUUCAUUCUGCAACAGGACUGAAACAGAGCUUGAAUCUGUACUGUACAUUAGAGGUGGACACUUUUGGCUAUUUUGUGAACAAAGCAAAAACUCGUGUGUACAGAGACGCCACAGAGCCAAACUGGAAUGAGGAGUUUGAGAUCGAGCUGGAGGGCUCUCAGACCCUCAGACUGCUGUGCUACAGUAAGGUCAGACAGUGCAGGGAUGAUGGGGAGAACAUGGAUCGCAUCAUGGCCAAAGGACAGAUUCAGCUGGAUCCUCAAUCGCUGCAGGGUAAAGACUGGCAGAGGACAGUAAUCAGCAUGAAUGGGAUUGAGGUCAAGCUGUCUAUGCGGUUUACCAGCAGAGAGUUCAGUCUGAAGAGGAUGCCCUCCAGGAAACAGUCUGGAGUGUUUGGAGUCAAAAUUGGGGCCGUUACUAAACGGGAGCACUCUAAAGUGCCUCUUAUUGUGAGACAGUGUGUAGAAGAAAUUGAGCGCAGAGGGUUGGAGGAAGUGGGCAUCUAUCGGGUCUCUGGUGUGGCCACAGACAUCCAGGCCCUGAAAGCUGCCUUUGAUGCCAACAAUAAAGACAUUUCAGUUAUGAUGAGUGAAAUGGAUGUGAAUGCCAUCGCUGGAACGCUGAAGCUUUACUUCAGAGAGCUUCCUGAGCCCCUCUUCACCGACGAACUCUAUGCAAAUUUCACUGAAGGCAUCGCAUUAUCAGACAGUGUGGCAAAGGAAAGCUGUAUGCUCAAUUUGUUGCUCUCGCUACCCGAACCCAACUUAUUGACCUUCCUGUUUCUGCUGGACCAUCUGAAGAGGGUCGCUGAGAAUGAGAGCGUCAACAAGAUGUCCUUCCACAAUCUCGCCACAGUAUUCGGCCCGACCCUCCUUCGCCCCUCUGAAAAGGACAGUAAAAUUCCAUCCAAUCCCACGCAGCCCAUCUCUAUGAGUGACAGCUGGUCUCUUGAGGUUAUGUCUCAGGUCCAAGUAUUACUGUACUUUCUGCAGCUGGAGGCGAUCCCUACUCCGGAUAGUAAACGGCAGAGUAUGCUCUUCUCCACGGAGGUUUGAAAAGGAGCUCAGAAUGUACUGGGACUGAAGUGAUUCAGCAUGUGACCAAUGGAGGGCACCAACAUCCUACUGAAAUCUUCAAAGCGGAGUGAAUUCCCUGCAUUAGUAUCAUUCUGUUGAUAUUUCUGUAGAAAUGUACAGUGAAGAAUGACAAGCCAGUCUGAUAUCUUCUCAUGGACUCACUGUUACAAGCACUUAGAGUUUCAACAUGCAGGUGAUGUUGUUUAUUUUCACUGUCAUCCAUUGUAAGAUAUCUGAUUGAAUGGUGGCUCACACUUUGAGUGCCAAGCUUUCCGUAGAUCAUUGGAUGGUGAAUGUUAUUCUUGCAUUUGCUCUUGUUCCUUCCAGCACUGUGGGUUUAUAAAGAAUUACACAUUCCAGUGAUCCAUGAACAUUUUAUUUGAUCUGACAUUUUGCUCACCUAUGAUUUAUGCCUUACCGUGGCAUGGGCUACGGAACAUCUGAAUACGCAAAUCAUGAGGAGGAACACAUUUAUAUGGCCCCUUUCUGAUGGAUAAAACAAUGCAGAGAACGAAAAUAUGAGACUCUUUAACCAACAUGUGACUAUGGUCAACAUAUUAGCAUAUUAGUUCAUAAUUAAAAAGAAUAUACAACACAAUUAUAGUUUCUAGCACUCCCAUGAUUCCCAAGAAAUUACAUUCCUUUUUUUUUAAACAUUUCUCUGUUUUAUCUCAAAUAAAUCUACUUAAUAUUUGAUUACGGAGCCUAUAUUAAAACAGUGCAGUACACAUGGGUCAUAUCACAUGAUAUUAUAGGACUAUUACACAUUAUUUUUCAGUACUGUUCAAACUGGAAACCUCACAUAACCUCGGAAAUAAACCAUAAAAUAGUUUUUAAUCUUUAUAUCAUUUAAGGCAUUGUUGGAAAUGCAUACAUGAUUAACCGUUACUGAUAGACUUAAUAUAUUAAAAUGGAUAUAGAAGUUCUCCAUCAGAAUAAUAUCACUGCUACAUUAGUUUUCUGUAUUGAAAAAAAGCAAAAAUUAACUUAAUUCAAACACUGUACAUUUUUCUUGUUUAAUGGUUUAAGAUCAUUGUAUUUUAACUUUGUAAAACCUUUUUUUUUUUUGCUGUUCACAAAACUUGCAAGUACUUUGCAAUCCUGAGCAGUGUCAAUACCUUGCCCUGUUAAGUGUGUGUGUGUGUGUGUGUGUGUGUGUGUGUAAAUUGUUCAGAUUAUCAUGGCUAAUAUGCAUAUAUCUGUAUUAUGUUGUUCAGAACAGAGGAGAGGUUGUGUAUUAUUAGGAUGUCAUGUAACAUGCAGGCAUGUUGUUUUGUUUAUGAUUUAUUUUUCUUUUAGAGAUUUCUUUUAGUUAUUGUGUGACACAGAUUCUUUCCGCUUGUGUAUUUCCUUUAGACUAAGGAAAACGGAGACAUUCCUGUAAUUGUGUUGAAGAUCUUUGCCUUUCUUUGUUCUUAUUCCAUAGUAUGUUCUGGAAUCUGCACUUCCUUUAUUAAGCUCCUGCUUGUUUCUCUCUUUUAUUUGGUCCAUUACGCACUGUACUGAUGAAGAUAUUCCUGACUGCAUUUUACAACCCAGCUUCCAUGAUGAGGAAAUGUUCUGUAUAUGGAUAAGUAUGGCACAGUGAGGAUUAAGGAGAUGGAUCACAAUAAACUCCUUCAUCCUCUUGUUUCCACAGA